CUGAAGAAGUGGCUGUUGGAGAACUUCACGGGGAAGUGACCCUGAGAUGCCAGAACGUGUCUCCCCAAGCAUCUAUGGUGGAAUGGUUUCACGGCGAGCCCGGCGCAAUUCCCAUUCUCUUCUCCUCGGAGGGCAAGCUGCCUUCGGACACCCGCUUCUCACUGGUGGGGAACAGCUCCUUACACAUUUCAGGAGUGCGUUUGCAGGACGAAGGCAACUACGUGUGCCGGGAGAUGCUGGCUGAGACCAACCAUACACACAGGGUCCAGUUACUGGUGGCCAGUGGACCAGACCAGGUGGAGGUCAACAUUUCUCCCACCGGGGCAUUGCCCAAUGGCACGCUUUAUGCCAAGAGACACGACAUCUUGAACUUCACCUGCACUAGCGACUCCUGGCCUGAAUCAGCCACCAAGUGGGAUUUUAACCCAUUUGGCUCUGUGCAGGAGCCAUUUACCAAAGUCAACAGCUCGCAGAACACUUUUGUCCUCUACAACAUCUCGCCCAGCUACCAAGGGAAUUACUCGUGUUUGGCCACCAACUUGUUGAGUCAACGUCAGAGGUCUGUCACGCAUGAACUCCUGAUCUACUAUCCCCCGCCGUCAUCCCCGAAAUGUUGGGCUCAGACCUCCGUGGAGAAUGCUGAGAAGGCGCUACUGUCAUGCAGCUGGCUCGGGGGUUACCCAUCCCCGACGCUCCAGUGGAUCAACCCGGAGGAUCUAGUCAUGGAUUCUAACACUACCCACGUUGCGGAUGCAGCUGUGCUGUCUCUGCAAGGGUCACCCCGCCUUGGGGGCAAGGAUUUUGUCUGCCGUGGAAGCCAUAUUGUGAAUGGGGAGGAAAACCAGACCUGCACCUUGCAGUUGGAGAGCCCCUUGGUCAUGUCCAACCCAAUGAAGAGCUGCUUUGUGGGGAGAUCAGUGGUGAUGACCUGCGAAUUGACAGCUGGCAAUCCACCUGCGAGGAUCACCUGGCUGCGCAACCUCUCCGAGGUGGAGACAGAGAUCCGGUCAGGUGGGAGGUUUCUCAUCAGCCAAAAGGGAAGGGUCUCCACCUUUGUCAUCCAGAAUUGCUCCACCAGCGCAGACCAAGGGUAUUACCUCUGCAAGGCUGAAAACCCCCUGGGCCUGAAAGUGGUGUAUGUUCACCUGAAGGUGACUGAGCCUGUGAACAUUGCUGGCAUUGUGGGAACCAUAGUAGUCCUUUUAUUGUUGGGAAUUCUGGUCUUUUCUGGAAUCCUUCUAUAUGCUGGACCUCACGUGUGCUUCAAAGGGAACAUGCUUCGGAAUCGAGAUGCCAGUGACAUCCUUGAACUAGUGGACUCAGAAGAAGAGGAUCUGUACAUGGAGACCACCAGAGAGCCAACUUUGCAUCAGAUGGAAGGGAUGGGGAAUGGAUGUUCUACCAGAUCUACUGAAAGCUCCUUUCCAGAAGUGUCCAUCUCCCUGGAGGAAACCCAAAUGUCCAAACCCACAGCGUAGAGGAUUAUCCCUUUCUUUGCCUUAUGCACGAAGAUCAAAAGCAGCCUUGCAGAGCAGCUGGAACUGGACUCAAACAAGGAAAGACAAUUGUUUUCAGCAGCUGAAGGAUUCCUGCACCAUUGGGCACCACCUGGGCUUCUCUUUCGGCCUCUUGUUGUAUUCCUCCCUGUGCUGCUACUUUGCUGAGCUUCCUCCCCUGCGGAGUUUGAAACAACCUUUGCGAAGCAGGCAAGGAUAGGCAUGGGAUGACUUUUUCAGAGCUAGAAGAAGAAGCAUUCAUGCGAUGUCUGGGAGAACUUUCUGUGGACAAGAAGCAUUGUGGCCUUGCAGAAGGGCUGGAGAAACAGGGAGAGGUUUCCCAGCUGGUCCUGGGUCCCAGGUUCCCAGCUGAGAUCCUCUUUGGAUCUGACAACAAGAUGGGUCAAAGCUUGUAGUGCAUUUUCAGGGAAGGGAAGUGUCACAACGGCUCCUGUUGGGGGG